ACUUCAACCGAGUGGACAACUGCUUUCUUCUUUCAAGUGUGACAAUGAAACAGAAUAACAAGAAUGACCUGUUUGAAACCGGAUCAGCUUGAUUGAUUCGACUUUCAUCUGGAGAUUAGAGACAAAACGAUUGCUGUGCUUCUUAUUGUUAGCGCGACGUCACAGAGCAGCGAUUGAACAGACCACUUCAGUGUCAAGUCAAGGGGUUAUCGGCACGGGGACUAGAAAACAUGUUUUAGUUACACAAGUGAAAGCGGAGAGAAGGUGAGCAGUGACCAUGAAGUUUGCAUUUCACUCUGUUUUCACCACGGCAGGCAACCUGCCUUGGUUGCUCCAGACUCUGUUGACAUCGUGGGCAGUCUUGUGUUCGGCAGAUUUAAAGCAGACAAGAUGGCCAUUAUAUUCCCAGAAGCCAGUUCUUCUUGUCUGGAAUGCCCCAACACAGGAUUGUGCCCCACGAUAUGGUGUUACGUUGUCUCUGGACCAGUUUGAUGUUGUGGCUUCCCCCAAUGAGGGCUUUGUCCGGCAGAACUUAACAAUCUUCUAUAAGGAGCGCCUUGGGUUGUAUCCCUAUUAUGAGCGUGACGGCACUGCAGUGAACGGAGGCCUUCCGCAGCUUGCCAGCCUCACUCAGCAUUAUGAAAAGAUGCCUGAAGGUGUGCAAAAAUAUAUCCGAGAGCCAGAGGCAAAAGGUCUGGCUGUUAUUGACUGGGAGGAGUGGAGACCAUUGUGGAUCAGAAAUUGGGACACUAAAGAUAUCUAUCGAAGUAAAUCGCGUGAACUGGUGGCUAAAAAGAACCCACAUUGGACCCCAGAGCAAGUGGGAAAAGUUGCACAGCAGGAUUUUGAGCUGUCGGCUCGCAAAUUUAUGCUGGAGACCCUAAGACUUGCCAAGAAUUUGAGGCCAAAUCAACUGUGGGGAUUCUACCUGUUUCCAGAUUGUUACAACCAUGACUACAGGGGUGGCCUGAAAAACUACACAGGACGCUGUCCUGCUGUAGAGAAGGCGCGCAAUGAUCAACUCAACUGGUUGUGGAUGGAAUGCACAGCUUUUUUCCCAUCCAUAUACAUCGGCUCUGUACUCAGCUCAACGUACUAUGGGCGCCUCUUUGUCCGAAAUAGGGUGAAGGAGGCAAUGCGCCUGGCGUCUGCAGGGGAUGGAUUAGCACGUCCUGUUUUUGUCUAUACCCGCCCUACUUACAUCAGUCAGAUGACCUUCCUAACUGAGAUGGAUCUGGUCUCUACCAUUGGUGAGAGUGUUGCACUUGGAGCAGCAGGUGUAGUCUUCUGGGGGGACACCUCCUAUGCAAGCAGCCAGGCCAACUGCCAAAGCGUUGAUGGAUACCUCCAAGGACCGCUGGGCCGGUACCUGCUCAAUGUGUCCACAGCUGCAGAACGGUGCAGUCAGGAGUUGUGUAAAUCCCACGGCCGCUGUCUACGCAAAAUACCAGACAAUGACGUGUACCUCCAUCUCAGCCCCUCGACACACAGCAUCACCAGUCAGGACGGCCAGCUGAAGGUUACAGGGAGUCCUGGCCGAGCUGAGCUGGACGUUUUCCACACACACUUUCAAUGCCAGUGCUACAGUGGGUACAGGGGUGAGGACUGUACAGAGAAAGAAAAAGGGCAGAAUAGAGGCUCCUCUGUCUUAGGGACCUGGCCUCUGUGCCUUUUACUCCCACUAGGACUCUUCGCCCUGCUACACUGAGGAAACUGAGAAGUGAAACUAUUCCAUGCUUCUGCCAACCCCGGAGUAGGACAGUACAGGGUUUUCAACAUGAUGGUGGUAAGUUUCUUUGCACUAGUGAUACUGAUACUGAUUCAUCGACAGCAGCAGACAGUCAGACCAUCUCCCAGUAAGACAGGAGAUUUCUAUCCCAGCCCAAUGACAAGCUGCACUGGCAGAGCUCAAACCUCAGGGCCUCCUUGUUGAACUAAUAUCCAUCCUUUAAUACUACAACUGGUCAUUUUCUUUAUGAAAUUAUGUCAAAAAAUCACAAGUUCAACUAAAAGACCUCUAUCGGGUCAUUCUGACCUUGACCACCAGAUGAGGAUGCCUUUUAUCAGUUCACAUUUUUUUAUUUAUCUGGACACCAUAAUAAAAAAAAGACUUGGAAAGAAAUGGAAGAUAGGUAAACAACAUGGCGGGGCCUGCUUGUUUACGAUGAUAUUUGUGCCUUAACUGGACUACAUACUUUGCAUAUUAGUGCCAUUGUUUUCCGUCUCUGAUUAUAGAGGUUUUCAUCUCAGCCCAUCUCCUGGGCACAGUGCUUUUUUUAAAUUGAUAUUAACACUUAAUGCCUAGCAGCUUUUCAAUGUAUUUCAAUUAAAAGUGUAUGGAAAUCAGAAAAGGCUCGAUAGAUAUCUGUAGUAUUGUUUGCAAAUUCUGGCUCCUUAUAUACAUGGACAUUACUGUGAAAAAGCAUGAUAAAAAAGUCAAGUUUCCUCAAACUGUUCAAGAUAGUAAACAGGUACUUGGAAUUGAACUAUAAAUACAAAGAGUCCAACUUCAGCGUGAUCUAGAGCAGUGGUUCUCAACUGGUCUAGCCUCACUGGACCCAUCACCAACUCCUUAAUGAAUAAUGGCAACCAAGAUUUCUGAUUCUGAUUCUUAUUUUUUUUCAACCAAUAAGAUUAAUUUAGUGUUAAUUUUAGUUUUUUUUUGCCAUUUGGACCUCAGAUGGUACAAAACAUGUGACGGAACAAAGUGAAGGAACAAAGCAAAAAAAAAAAAGAAAUGCUGCACAGAUUUUCUUUAACACAAUUUAUUUUUCCAGGCACACAUUUGUGAUUCACAGUAAACGGCUUCAAGAAUUAAAUUUGGGUUCCCGACCCACCAGUUAAUAACCACUGUUCUAGAUGUACUGGUAUUUUGGUGUAUUUCUGUACUGAUGAAUAUCAACACAUUUCUUUACACAAAUGCCAAAAUAUAUGUUUUGUUUGCCACAAUUUUAUCAUAACCAAUGAAAGUGACGUUUUUGAAAACAUUUUACCUGGGUAAAAAUACAUUUGGCUGAUACACUGUUAUCGGGUUUUUUUAAAAGUGUUUUACAUUUAAUCAGCCUCAGAUAUCCAUCCAUCCAGCAUUGGGUUAGGUUUUUAGUUUGACUUGCUUGAAAUUGUACAGCAGUUUGCGUUAGCUUUAUUCCAAAUAAAUGUCUUUCCUCAGCAUUUUCAUAUUUAUACAGUAAGUUUUGUAUUUAUUCUCUAUGGCCUUAAUCAAAAAGUAUUUAGCACCCUUAAAGCUGAUAUGGUACUAGUGUGCAAGUGAUGCUGUGCUGUUCAAAACUGAAGAAUGGGAAAUCACUCGAGUAGUAAUGCAAUAAAACAUGUUAUAUAUGCUGCAAACUGUAUCUAUUUUUGCACUUUAUCUGCUUUUUAAGGUGGAUCUGGCUUUAAUACAUGUUGAUAUUUAUAAGAAGUGAAAUAAUGUUUUUUUUGCUGGCACAGAGACCUUUAUGGUGUAUUGUCGGUGCAUUACAGAUGCAGUGUUUUGAUUUUUUUUUUUCAUUCAAUUGUCAUAUAAAAGAGACGCUCCACUGUGAAUCUUGCCUAUAAAAGAAAUGAUUGCCUCCAUUAUUGUUAUCUCUUCCUCGCCUCUAAACACAGUUCAAUUGUAAUACAAGCUUUAACUUUCUAACUGUAACAUAUGUCUUAGUGUUUAAGGAAAGAUUCAUGAAUAGAUGAAUCCAACUUGUAAAAGGUAACACUUGAAUGAUAGUAUGAUAGAAUGUCACCCAUGUCUAAUCACACAACAGUGUAUUUCCAUGUUGUUGUUUUUUCAUCAGUCUGGUCACGAUUGCAUCAGCAUCAAUACAGACAUGAGAGUUUGAA